CGACACGCGCUCCGGAUGAGGACACCAAACGCAAUCUUGCAAUACGGCCCCUGAAGGAAGUCUUAAUCGCCACUAAGCUUUCGAUCGCGCCGAGGAAGAAGGGAGGAGAGGAGAGGAGAAUGGCGGCCGAGAAGGGACAAGUGAUCGCGUGCCACACCAAGGAGGAGUUCGACAACCAGAUGAAGGCGGCCGAGGAGGCCAAAACGCUGGUGGUCAUCGACUUCACUGCCUCCUGGUGUGGUCCUUGCCGCAUCAUUGCCCCAGUUUUUGCUGAACUCGCCAAGAGUUAUCCCCACGUUGUCUUCCUCAAGGUGGACGUUGACGAGCUGAAGGAAGUCGCCGUUGAAUACAAGGUCGAGGCGAUGCCGACCUUCCUCCUCAUCAAGGAGGGCAAGGAAGUCCACAAAAUUGUCGGCGCCAGGAAGGACGACCUCCUGGCGAAGGUUGCUGAGCACGGCGGGGGUACCGCUUCCGCCUAAGGAUAUAGCAUCACCAGUCAUCGCUCAUAAGGGCCAGCACACGGCGUGGUAGCAGCAGGCGUCAUCAUUUUCUGUUUGGUUUGGGUGAUUGUGAACAGCUAUGUGCAACUCCUGAGUCAGGAUAGACCUGUUAUCGUUCUGAAUACUGUAUGCGAUGAUAUAUGGAUGCAUUGUGACGAAAGUUUAUUAGAUCUGGGUGUCUGACUUGAUUUCUGCUUUUGGGCUUUGAGUAUGGCUGAAUGAAAUACAUGAAUGCUGGCAACGCUGUGCUUGUAUA